GUUUGCGCCCUGGCUGGCGGGGACAGAGGCUGAAGAAGCUGGUCUGGGAGACACGCGACAGGAAACCGGCGCCAAGCGCGGCGGCAGGACGAACCCGAGCGAGACUCUCCGGCCCGGGAACGUGCCCCGACUCCCGAGCCCCAGGACUAUCCCGGCGUCCCAGCCCAGCUCGCAUCUGAGCGGAGGAAGGGGUGUCAGGAUGCCGGUGGCCCAAGUGCCCUUCCCAGACGGAGGAGCCUAUUCUCAACACCCUAGCCGGGGUCUGGCUUGGAUCACUAUUGCAGCCUGAGCCGCAGGCUUUCUUUGCCCGGGAAAUGGACGUUCCCAGGGCGCCCUCUGGUGGAUUCUGGAGCUAACCGAUCGUGACUUCCAAGUGAUGGCGACGGUUCUCACGCUGCACCCCAGACCCUACACCUCCAACGAGACGCUGCACAAACAUUACAGCUAUGUAGGCAAGUUGAAGGACAGGCUGAAGGACGCCCCCGAGGGCAGCACGCUCACCACCAUUGUUUUCUUGAUCAUCUGCAGCUUCAUUGUCUUGGAGAACCUGAUGGUUUUGAUCGCCAUCUGGAAAAACAAUAAAUUUCACAACCGCAUGUACUUUUUCAUUGGCAACCUGGCUCUCUGCGACCUCCUGGCCGGCAUAGCCUACAAGGUCAACAUUCUGAUGUCGGGCAAGAGGACACUGAGCCUGUCUCUGACGGUCUGGUUUCUACGGGAAGGCAGCAUGUUCGUGGCCCUCGGGGCAUCCACCUGUAGCCUACUGGCCAUUGCUAUCGAGCGGCACUUGACCAUGAUCAAAAUGAGACCAUACGAUGCCAACAAGAAGCACCGCGUCUUUCUCCUGAUCGGGAUGUGCUGGCUCAUCGCGUUCUCGCUGGGCGCCUUACCCAUCCUGGGCUGGAACUGCCUCCACGACCUCCCUGACUGCUCCACCAUCCUGCCCCUCUACUCCAAGAAGUACAUCGCGUUCUGCAUCAGCAUCUUCACGGCCAUCCUGGUGACCAUCGUGAUCCUGUACACACGCAUCUACUUCCUGGUGAAGUCCAGCAGCCGCAGGGUGGCCAGCCCUCACAACUCAGAGCGGUCCAUGGCCCUGCUGCGGACUGUGGUGAUCGUGGUGAGCGUCUUCAUCGCCUGCUGGUCCCCACUCUUCAUCCUCUUCCUCGUGGAUGUGGCCUGCAAGGUGAAGGAGUGUGCCAUCCUGUUCAAGGCCCAGUGGUUCAUUGUGCUGGCCGUGCUCAACUCCGCCAUGAACCCCGUCAUCUACACGCUGGCCAGCAAGGAGAUGCGGCGGGCCUUCUUCCGGCUGGUCUGCACCUGCCUGGUCAGGGGCCAGGGUGCCCGCUCCUCACCCAUCCAGCCUGCUCUCGACCCAAGCAGAAGCAAAUCCAGCGGCAGCAAUAACAGCAGCCCCUCCCCAAAGAGCAAGGAAGACCUCCCCCAGAUAACUGCCUCGCCCUGCAUAACAGACAGAAACAAAACCCUGCAGAAUGGGAUCCUCUGCAAGUGAGGGCACCGGGCUCCAGGAACGUGGGGUCCUCACGUCUCCAUGGAACGAGCAGCAACUAGCCCUGCAGCCACAUUCUUAUUGAUUGCACGCCUCACCCACGGGGGCUAGUCCAGAGCUGGGACUCAGGAAACCCAUUCUGCCAACAGCCUACCUGGUGUGGACGUCUCUUAAGGAGGGAACCCAAGGAAUUGCCAACCCAUUUCAGUGUAGACAAUGUGCCUUGUCCGUUUAGGCUCCAGGGUCUUCCAAAUGUACCAUGCUGCUGAUGUCAUCAGUCGCCUUACCCUGAAUCCCACCGACCACUGUCUGCUGUGCCUAGAGAGGGAAGGUUGUGGACCACACAGUGUACAAUGUGUCUCCCAGGACAUCAGGAUGAUGUUUGGUAACUUUACACUACACUCUGUGCACAGGAUAGAUGCUGUAUAUUGGUCAUUUCUGUGUUGCAGAGCACUUGCGUUUCACAUGUCUGCCAUUGGUACAUGCAUAAGCUGCAGUACGUGAUACUGUUACGUAACAGUUAGUACAGGUAUAUUCUGACUGAAGCACCAGGUGUGAGGAUAUGGCUGGGAACUAGGUGGACACACUGGUUCCAGUCUCCUCAGACUGACAUGAAGUCUCACGUUAAGCAGGUUUUGAAAGCCCAAAUCCCCCCCAAAGGGCUUGUCCGAGACUGGUCUCAGAUGUGUGGGUCUGACUCCAAACUGUCCUGAGACAUACACUUGACAGCGUCUGGAGUAUCCUGGUGACAAUGAGCAAGUUCUGUGGGCGUACAUCCCCCAAGGGGACCCCUGCUUCUCUUCUGUCAUUUGUCCCUGCAGAGUCUUAAGCACAUCUAAAAGCCAAAUUAGCCAAAUUAUGUGAUUGUUUGAGGUUUCUCCAAAUCACAGAAAAGCCAGCCAGCGUAUUCCAGGAGCUGUGCCCCAGACCAACCAAGAAAAGAACCCACGAGGGAGAAGCAGAGGACAGACCCCUGGCUCAUUUCACCUUUCCAAUGUAAUGGGGAGUUUCUAUUGAAUUAGGAGAGGUUUGCAAGGCAGCACUGUGAUCCUAUGUUGAGUUUGAAUCUGUAUCAGAAAGCACCAAGUCAACAACGCCCUGCGUUGUCACAGCUGAACAGCUGGGGCCGUCAGCAGCCUCAUGGAUUCCCGAAAGCUGACCCUGACCGUGACUAUUAGAGCAGUUUAAUUGUGAUCUGGCAGCUUGUGCUUUCUUCAAAGAAAUAUAGCAAUACUGUAAUCUUCCUUUUCAACACAGGUUGACCCUGUAUCACUGUUUAUCUUAAGAAGCAAUUACUUAGAAGGUAUUUUUGUACACAGUCAUCCCCAGUGAUUCUUCAUGCAGUACAAAUGGGUGAAAAAUACACAAAUUUGCAGAGCUGUCAUAAGCAUAUAGUUGAUGUAUCGAGUUCUUUGUUAAAAAAAAAAAAAAAAGCAACCUUUAAAAGGAUUCUUUCUUGGGUAAGUCUCACAUCAGAACCCCCUGAAGUUUUUAGGUUCAGUGGGAAUUUUGCCUGAGUAAAGACUAAAAGAGUAGUCUUAAUACAUGAGUAACUUUUCAAAGAGAAAGGGACUCCUCUUUGUUAUAUGAUGCCAGUUCCUCUUUAUUAAGGAAGAUUUCUGUGGGUCCUGGGUGAUCAUGUACCGACCAACAUCUUUCUUAAUUUUUGGUACUGAUGAGAUAAAUCCUAUUUGUAAGGAGAUGCUCAUCGGUGGCAUUUUUGUUGUCCUCAUUACGUCAUUGAAAAGGAGCUGAUUCUCUUGUCAAAUAGCAUGAGAAAAUCCAGGGCAUUUCUGGAAAAGUUAAGCAUUAAGAUACUGGGAUAAGAAAACAACAACAACAAAAUUGCCUCAGAGAGCCAAAAUAUUGAGUAUUGCAUCUUACCUUAGGUAGUGAAAUGACUUAACAAAUUUAUAUGUUAGUUCUGAGUUGCUUGGGGGCCCCAGAUGUCUGGCACUAAUAUUGAUAACACUAUAACCUCAACUUUUUUUUGGGGUAGUGCAAAACUUUCAAUCAAUCUGAAUGAAAAAUACUCCAAAAGAGUAAUUGUGUUUAUUUGAUAUAUGCAAAAAGUAAUCAAAUUUAGUACCGAUGUGUACAUUCCUAACUAGCUAGCUGGAGAUCAUUUAGAAGUUGAGUGUGUCAAAGCCACAGAGAACCUGUGCAUUAGAUCUCGUUCAGUUAGUAACCUUUACUGCGUCCCAUGUAUGUUUGUUAAAAAAAUAAAUAAAACUGAA